GAGAAGUUCCUAAUUGUUACUACCCUUGACUCCUAUAAAUGGCCUACAGGUGAGCCCCAUAUCAGUAACCAGGACACAGAGAUCCCUCCACAUCUGCCAUCCAACCAGUGACUUAUUGAAGGCCAGAUUGGACAUUUCCUUCAAACAUGGCGUCAUUCAGCCUCGCAGUUUUCUUUGUGGUAGCAGCGCUCCACAUUCAGACAAAUACAGGUAAAGGUGUAUGUCCAAAACACAGCCACUUAAGGGAGGUCGGAGGAUGUGAGAUAAGAUGCGACAAGUUGCCAUCUCCCGGUGCCCCCGUAGACUGUCCCGACAGUAAGGUGCACAAGGACUGCAAGUGUAAACACGGAUUACUGGCGCAGAGCGGCACCUCUGGCUUCACCAUCGUCUGCGUCCCUCCGCAAGAUUGCAAAACCAACUGUACCGCCAACGCGCACUACGAGCCCUUCGGGUCCCCCUGCAAGGCCACUUGUGAAAAGCCAACCGUUACCGAACCCUGCAAAUUACCAGGAGGCCCGAGGUGUGUCUGUAACGAGGGAUUCGUCAUGGAUCAGAACCAGCAGCACAAAUGUGUGAAGCCCAAUGAGUGUUUACCCGCACAUAAACCCUAGACCAAUCAGGGGUCUUCUUAUUGUCCUCUAAUUCUUCUCUAGAGGAAGUCAUCACUGGGGCAAGAAGUAAAGAAAAGUCCCUCUCGAAAAAGAAGAAAACACCUUUGUGGUAGAGUGAUGGAAGGGGAAAUCUACCUAUAUUGUGCUUUCUCUGAUUCUUUCCUGCAACCCCUCCAUCAUCAGCAUAAUACAAUUUUAGAUUAAAACCUUUUCUUUUUUUCCAUUGCCUAUGUAGAAAGUAAAUAAAUAAACCUCCCAGUGCGGCUAUUACUAAGGCUGCAGCUAGAGGGAGCUCUAAUGAUUUGUAGUGUGUGUAACUUCAGGAGAUUGAGACCAACAAGUUCACAUUAAACUUUCAAAGCAACAA